AUGGAGAACCAAGAGAGGUUGAGACUCGUACCCCGAGUUAUAUCUGUGGACGAGUCACACGGGUUCAGGGUACGAGUCUUUGGGGCUGCUGAGCUGCCUCACCGAUCAGAAUCCGCAUCUCAGCUCCGAUCUCACCACCACCACAUCGAUCUCACCACCAAUACUCACCACCGAUUACAUCUAACAGCUCAGAUGGACGAGAUGGAUGGUAUUAACGACAACGACGAGGUUGUGCUUUUUGAAUGUAAUGCUGAGUUCCAGGUCUUCUGUAAGAAAGGAACCACCGCAAAGUUCACCUGGAAAGGGUUUUCAAACAAACAUCCCAUCCUGGUCGAAGUGAUCCCAACUGUAACAACAUAUGAAGUAUUCAAAACCAAUAUAAUCAAAGCUUGCGAUCAAGAACGGGCAGGCAUAGGUGCAAUGAUCUUGGCUGACAGUCUUGCUCCGACCCAUCCUCUUGGAAUCAAGUGGACAUGCUGGAUUGCAACAGUGCCUACCUAUCUCAAGAAUAAGUUUCAUCCUCUCAACGAUCAAGCUGAUUUUGAUACAUGGGUCAAGAAGGUUUGCGAUUUCCCUGGUAAAAAAGCUGGUGUAUGUAUGAAGAUGGAGAAACCAAUAAGUGAGGCUGAACGCGCCCAAGAAGAUAAUAUGCUAGACCGAGCAGUCCGAGGGAUACCAGGUGCAGAUGGUCAACUUCUAGACAGGCAACUUGGCGAUGACGACGACGCAGGUGAAGAAGACAUCACCAUUGCGAAGAUUACAUCGAUGGGUAAACCUGACUCUAGAAUCGACCGCUUGAUUCCUGUAUGGAUCCUUCCUACAGACAAGACUCGUUAUGUCUUGCUUACUCCGGACCGUGUAAACAGAUGGGCAAGAGCUAUUCAUGAUCCAGCAAUCCAUGGGGUCAGUCUUACCAGCCCCCCAAGCGAUUUAUUGAUGACUGUCAAGCCAGCAGCACUUGCUAGAGCUCCUCCUAGACAACGCUAUGGCUUUGUAGAACCUCCAGAAGACUAUGAUUAUGGAAAUAUACGGAAUCGGCUUUGGAUCGUCCUUCGGCUGAGAUGUCCAAAUAUCUCGAUUUUGUGA